AUGUGGUUCACCAACGCCGCUAUUAACAUCUUGACUGAUUUCGCCAUCAUUAUACUCCCGAUUCCCGUCAUUCGCAACCUAAACCUGGCACGAAGACAAAAGCUAGCAUUGAUCGGCAUCUUUGCAGUCGGUGGCAUUCAAGACGGCAGUCUCGAGCCUGUAUCAACAAUUUCGCGUCAGUCAUCAAAUGUAGACGAGACAAGUGCAGAUGAGGAGGAGAAAGAUGUUGGAAUCCGUGUACUUACCGAAGUGCACAUCAGCUUUGACGAUGAAGAUAAUGUUAAGGAUAUGGAGCUAGGCAUGAAGAGAGAAGAUAGCCGCGAGAGUCUAAUGAUGCAAGACGCUGGAAAGGCUGUAUAA